AUGGCUAGUAAAAUUGAACAGCCGACGGUCCCCUCUUCGGGGCGGCAUGCGCCUCGUCAGCUCUGCAAAGAGUCUCCCACCGCGGGUUGCUCACCUGCUAGCAACUCUGAGCCCCAGCAGCAGCUCAGCAUCAAGCUUCAGCCGCCGGACAUCUCUCCGUGCGUCUCGUCGUUGGACGAUCGCCCAAGUGUUGCGUUCUCUCUUUUGGGCAGUGACGCACAUCGCAGGCACGAUGGCGCAUCCAUAUCUUUUUCAGCGCAUAGAGGAACUCCUUCCUCGACUCGUUCAGCACCCACACCGCAGCUGGGCAGAAGCAACACCACGCAAGGCAUCUUUGGUCAGUUGCCUUCAAGUUACAGUCCGUCCACAGAAGGGAAGAAGACGGAUUCUACUCCCAUGUUUGCGGAACCAGUUGUAGGUUCCUUGCUCAUGCCAGAUGGCGUCACAAUCCGCCGCCCGCCAAAGCUCGGCAUUUCGUCUGGUGACCCCGUGGGUACCCACAUUCUAAGGAGACGCACGGCCUGCCCACUGCCCGAAUCCGCUUCGCCCUCUGGACCGUUCGCUUCUCAUCUCAACCUCUCUCUCCACCGUCGCUCCGUGAACACUUCGUGGCAAAGGAAUUUCCGAGCCUCCGCAUGGGCUUCUGGUUCGCGACGUCGCGUCCCUAUUUCUCGUCAUCUGAACUCCACCGCGGAUAGUCUUCCGAGGAUCGUAGCGUUUUCGCCUUCUCUGAACCGGGCCUUGUUCCAAGACACGUGCCUUAUCGCCCCGUUAAGGUCCGCGAGCUCUUCCGCGCUUUCGGCGUCUCCGCAGGUCGCAACCUCUGUGAGUGAACCACCUCCAUACGUUCCUGAUCCCCUCUCUCUGGAGCUGCAACAGUCUCCAGAUUCCUGUCUCAAACCUGUCGAUGGGGUGACGAGCUCUCCGGGUUCCUCGUGCCAAGUUCUUCCUCUCCAGGAGUUAGAUAGCCCGCUUCCGCGCCUAACGCGCCCACUCGUCUCCACCCACGACGCUGCAGUUGCCGAUGGCGAGGCAGCCAGCGCGCAGUCCGUUCCUGGUGAGCAUGCUGACAGUCUUUGCCGAGAGGCUCAGAAAACGGGCGUCACUCGCGCACCUCUUGGCGGUGUCUCUCCGUUUUCGCAUUCGGACGGCUCGACACUGCCCGGUCCCUCAUCGCCGGAGAUGGGCACGGCGGGAAAAAUUGGAGAGGCGCUUCCGGAGCACGAGGGCAUUCUUGCACAGGAUGAUAUCUCUCGGGAAACAAAGAGAUACGAGGACGAGUUGGCGGUCAACCCCAAAAACGAAGAGGCUGUUUAUCAGUUAGGCGUUCUCAAGUUUCGAGCAGGUCGAGUCGAUGACGCCAUUAAACUUGUGAGUGAGUUUCUCCACGCACAUGCUCCCAAGAGACCGAAGAUGGAGGGCCGCCCACAGGACUCUGUUCAACACGACACUGGAUCUUUGGACAGAGAAUGUGGUGGGGCGGACGCGCGCGCAGACAAGCAGUUGAACGCACCAGAACACGGUCAAGAGGAUGGAGCAGUUCGAGCGCGCGAGGGUCAAGAGGCCGGUGGUCACUCCAGAGAAGAGCGGGCUUCGCGCGAAAGUGGAGAGAACAACGAGGACAACAAGGAGCUUUCCACCAGAGACGAACGCAAGGAAAACGAGAAGGAAACUGAACGCGCCGAGGCAGGAACAACAAAGUCUAAGGAAGAAACGAUCCCGGACACCUUGUCCAGCAAUAGAAAUAAGCAAAGUGGACGAGAACAAGAUGGCAGAGUCGACACAGAAGGCGAGUCAACGGAGGAACAACUGGAUUGGCGCAUUGGAAAGGCAGCGCCGAUCCAGAAGCUGUAUAAUGUCAUUCUAGACCGUCGCUCCCAAAUUAACCGAAGAGCAAAAGAUAUCCUCGAGGACUGGGGGCCUCCGGUGUACUUACAGCUGGAGAAACUUCUUGGGCAUCUCUGGUUCGAGGCGGAGAAUUUUCCUGAUGCCGUUCGGCAUUAUUGGAGGUGCAUCGACAUCUGCCCGGAGGACGCCCAGCUUUUCACCAAUCUUGGUCUCGCCUACUACGAGAUGGAGGCAAUGAAAGAAGCCACGGCAGCCUUUGAGCAGGCGAUCAAACUGAACGACAGGCACGUUUAG